GCAUGUUAUUAUUAUUAUUAUUAUUUGCCUUUGCCUUGGAUUUUUGAUUAUUGGAUUGGUUUGUGUUUGCGAUUUUAAAAGUUAUAGUAUUAUUUUCAUUUUUUAUAUAGACUUGAGUGAAAACAUUAUAAAAUGAAGUGCUUUGUAUGUGGAGCUAAAAAUGCAGUGGAGAGUUGGCUGUCCUUUCAUAGAUUUCCUACGAAUAAAGAAUUGCUUAAAAAAUGGGCAAAUGUGUGUGAUAUAGAGGAAAGUAAUAUUCCAAGCAGUGCUAGGAUUUGUUCCAAACAUUUUAAAGAGGAUGACUAUGAUGAAAGUUUUUUCAAGAAACGACUUUUCCCUCAUGCGGUACCAAGCAUAUCACCAUUUCAUAAACAUAAGCAAGAAAGUUCAAGUGCACUUUCUGGUCGAAUAAAAAGGGAAGUACCUUCACAAAGUACCAAUGGUACAUCUACAAAUAUUGAUGAACCUCCACUUUCUGGUCGAAUAAAAAGUGAAGUACCUUCACAAAGUACCAACGGUACAUCUACAAAUAUUGAUGAACCUCCACUUUCUGGUCGAAUAAAAAGUGAAGUACCUUCACAAAGUACCAACGGUACAUCUACAAAUAUUGAUGAACCUCUACUCUCUUGUCGAAUAAAAAUCGAAGUACCUUCACAAAGUACCAACGGUACAUCUACAAAUAUUGAUGAACCUCCAUUACUCGAUACCUUCAAAAAUGAAACACCUACUUGUAGUGAAAAUGAGAUAACAACUCUAAAUAGUCUAAAUGUUGAACAACCUGAUACCGUGCCUGAUGCUCGUUAUGUUGGCGAUUUAACUAUUCAGCACUUCUCUACUCCUCAAAAAGCGAAAAGAAGCCUGGAUAUGAUUAACCAUACAAUCUCUUCUCAAAGGAAGAAAAUAAAGGUUCUUAGGGUACAAAAAUGUCGCUUGCACAAAGUUAUUAAUAAUUUUAAGGAGUUACUUCAACAUUUAGUUGACAAAAACAAGAUAUCUAAAACUGUACAAAAGGAAUUGAUGGAAAGUUAACAAUUUUUUUCUUAGUCAAUUGAAAAAUUUUGAUUAGAAUGUUCUUAAUUGCAGGAUGGAAUACCAAACCAAGUAAAACAUAUUAAAGAGACAUCUAAAAUCAAAAAAUGCGAAGUAGUCUCCUGAUAUUAGAGCAUUUGCAGUGACUCUAUAUUUUUAUUCGUCGAAGACUUAUUCCUAUGUUCGAAAAACAUUUAAUAAUUUGUUACCUCAUCCUUCAACAAUUUAAAGAUGGUAUUCAGCAUUAAUUGGG